CUGCCAGUCUUUAUACAGGCCUUUUACUCACUGAAAAUGAAGUGUCACUUUUAUUGUGUGUUUGUCUGCCGUGAGAUGGAUGACUGCGAGUAAUUGUUCAAAUCCGUCGCCGUCGGCAACCAAUGAACUUGUAAAAUGGAGAAGGCUUCCGAGGGCUGAUAGGCUGCAGCUGUAAAGACGGGAGGGUUUACGGGUGUGGGGUCCUGGUGGAGUUGGUUGCGUCCCCUCUGGGACGUCCAAAUGUCAAGAGUUCUAAUGAGAUGCUGAUGUCAAUAGAGAGAGAAGUAGAAAGUUGCUAACGGAAAGCACCAGGACAGGUACUACUAGUUUUACAAAAUGCCUGUGGAGACUCUCCGACAUCCUGUGAGGCAAACGGCAAGGACCGCUGUAGCUGCUACACCACCACGUUUGAGGCCCAAAGGACCAGUGGGGCCCGACUUUUACCGGCAGUUCCCGACAGCUGCAGGCAGACCAAAGCAGAGUGCGGUGGAGAGGCUGGAAGCAGACAAGGCUAAAUAUGUCAAGAGUCAGGUGGCUCUUUCUAAACAGCAGCCAGUCAAGCCUUCGGACACACACAAGCCUCUGCUAAACCCUGGCUCUGCUCUGCGGCCCACCAGGAAAACACCAACCCCAGCAACACCAAAGAAGGAGGCAGUGCAGCUCGACUUGGAGCAUCUGACUAACCUGAUCUGUGAUGUGAAUGAUGGGCCCCAGUCCAGUGCUACUAUAGACUCGGGGGACGGUAAAGCUUCCGAUUGUGCCACCACUUCACACAGCUCACCUUGCGCCACACCUGCAGGGACACAGCAGAAAAAGGAGAGACCGUGUCCACCUCCCCGUCCUGAUUGGUCCAGUCCUGCUAAAGUGAGGUUAAAAGCUUCUGGACCUGCCAGGGUUGAAAGUCCUGGCUCUCCUGGCUCUCCUGGCUCUCCGGCUGCAGGAACCGUACGUAGGGUGGACGUCAUGCCUCAGGCCAGUCCUGUGAGGACACCUUCCAGACCACCUCAGUAUAUCCGACAGCCCCUUCACCCCAUAUCUUUACAUUCCCAGUUUCCACUCCGCCAGGCCGUUUCACACCUGCACCUCUCCCACCCGAGAACAACAACAGGUCCCUCUCCUCUGAAACCAGUUGUUGUUCCACUGAAACCUGACAACCCUCCCUCCUAUCCAGCUGGAAUCCCUGCCCCUACUCCACCUCCCCCCAACCUCCCUGUUUUCCCUCCUUCCUCCCCCGCGAUUACCCGUUUGUCCUCCUCCAGCUCCAGGAAACGGCCCUCGCUGACCCGGUCCAAAUCAGACAUGAGCGACCGGUGCUCCCGAGCCGGGACGGAGCUGGAGCGCUUCUUCAACCUGUGCGGUCUGGACCCUGCAGACCUGCAGGAGUGGACGGGAUCUAGUUCUGACAUUGUGUCCAUGGCCCGUUUCCGCAGUGUGAGCGCUCCAGGCUCUGAGUGCGCAGGCUCUGGCAGAGAGGAUGAAGAUGCUGAUGAGGAGGUGGAUGCUGCACCACGCGCUCCCUACGGUAUUUCUGUCAUUGAGAGAAACGCACGAGUGAUCAAGUGGCUGUAUGGAAUUCGUCAUGCUAAGGACAAUGCAAGUAAGAGCACCAAUUUAUAGGUUGGUGUUUAAAAAUGGUCCAAGAAAAGGAAAAUAAUUUAAAAAAAAAAAAAAAAGUGAAAAUUUCAACAUGUCAAGACUGCCAAACAAAUGAAGUGAUGGGAUCCUGUGACAAAUAAUUCAUUUUCCUUUGCCUCCAUUGUUUAAUUAAUUUAACAAAGUUAGAAUUUUUUUCAGAAAUGACUAUUUUUACUUUACUAUUUUUUGUUAUUUGGACUUUAGAAAAUGUUAUUUUGUGUGUCUUUGUGUCUCACACUGGGGAUGCCCAAGUGUCAUGUCUGACUGUAAAACGAAGGUAUUAUUAAAGAUUGAACAAUGAAAGCA